AAAUAUUAUCUUUUAGUAAAUAUUAUUCUCUGUGUACGUUAGGCCCGUGCAAUCCGUAAAUGAUGGUCGUGGAAUAACGAAGUUUUCAGAAUAUCUAUCGUUACUCAACUAGGGUAAUUGCAUCGGAAAUAUUAUUUACGUUAACGGCGAUAUUGCGACAGCGGUGUAAAAACGUAGAAUAUCGCGUUGUUUGCUGUUGAAAUACGAGUCCGUUUCCUGUCGCGAUUUCCAGUAUUUAUCGUUCCAUCGUUGCAUUAUGCCCAGUGGCUAUGUAUCGUUUCACUCGACCCCGUCGACCAUCUAGCGUCUGCCGCCUGGCACAAAGAUCGUCGUGGGUUGGCGUGCACGCAAAAGGUUUCAUUUAAUUUGUUAAUUGUGACGCAAAUAGCUUGGUCAUGGACUGGAAGUCAGUAAUACGCCAGCAAUUGGAAAGCAGAAAUGCCAGGGAGACGGCUAGCUUUCAGAAUCUGAUUACUUACUAUAAUAAGCUGUACGACAGCUCAUUGUUAUUACGAGCACAAAACAUUCAACUUGAAUCACAAGUGAUACGUGGAAAUUCUGGUGGUGACUUAUUGUUGUCGGAAAAGGUAUCGAAUCUGGAACAAAAACUACUUAUGCAACAAGAAGAGCUGACUGAAUUACAUCGGAGGCGUGGAGAAAACGCCCAGAUGAUUAUAGAUUUAAAUGCAAAGUUACAAUUGACUGAGCAGGCAAUUACAAGUAAAAAUAUCAGUUUGACUGAAAAUAUAAAGUUAGUUGCUAGUUUACGAGCUGAAAUAUCAUUAUACCAGAAAAAUAACUCUGAGUUAAAGCAAUUAAAUCAAGUUCUCAAGGAUGAACACCAAGCAUUACAAUUGGCAUUUACUAAACUUGAAGAAAAAUUACGCAAAUCUCAAGAUGAAAACAGAGAACUCGUGGACAGGUUAAUGACUUAUAAAUCUAAGGACGCCGAAAAACUGAAUGAGGAAAACGAUCAUCUUGUCAGAAAACGAAAUGCUAUUAUGCAACAUGAACUUAAAGAAGCUGCUAGCGAUACACGUGGUGUAACUGCAGAAUGCUUAACUACAGCUGUUAGUAAUAGUGUUGGUCCAAUUAUGGCAUCUCCAUCUGCCAUGCCUAGUAAAGCUACUAUUCGAUUUGAUGCUCAUGAUGGUGUUGUUAGCGCAGUAAAAUGGAGUCCUGUAGAUCGAGUAGUAGCAACGGGUGGUGAGGACCGCAAAGUGAAGCUAUGGGAUGUAUCCAAAGGUGUAGCUGAAUGUAAAGGGAUGUUAAUCGGCAGUAAUGCCGGUGUUAUGUCAGUUGAGUUUGAUAGUACUGGUGGGCAGAUAGUUGCAGCUUCUAAUGAUCUGGCAUCUCGUGUUUGGACAGUAAAUGAUCAACGACUUCGACACACACUCACCGGACACUGUGCCAAAGUGAUGGCUGCCAAGUUCAUGGGCGAACCCAACAAAGUGGUGACCGGCAGCCACGACCGCACGCUGAAGAUAUACGAUCUACGCGCCAGAGCAUGCGUUGAGACAAAGUUCGCCGGGUCCAGUUGCAAUGACCUGGUCACAUCGGAGACGGUCGGUACGACCAUCAUGAGCGGUCAUUUCGACAAAAGAAUUCGGUUCUGGGACACAAGGACCGAGACGGCGCACACCGAGAUCGAGGUCCAGGGACGGGUCACGUCUUUGGAUUUGUCCAGAGAUUGCAAUUACCUGCUGAGCUGUGUCCGGGACGACACCCUGCGGCUGAUCGAUCUCAGGACGAACAAGAUAUUCAACACAUUCGAUGCUGACGGGUUCAAAGUGGGCUGCGACUGGACGAGAGCGGUAUUCAACUUGGAAUACGAUCACGUGGCUGUCGGGUCCUCUGACGGUUCGGUAUUUAUUUGGAACGUGUCGAACCCUGGGAAACCGCUCGUGGUGUUGAGGAACGAACACAGUUCACCAGUGACGGCCGUGUCUUGGCAUCAGUUCACCAACAACGUGGCCAGCGUGGAUAGAUCCAGAAGAGCAGUGGUCUGGGCGGACGUUUGACACUCGACGCCGCUUCGGUGGUUUGUUUUGAUUUUAUUUUAUUACUUUUUUUUUUAAUUUCUGUUUACAGGUUUAUUAUAUACCACAUUACUACUGCGUAUCACGUUUAAUUUCCUUAUUAAAAAAAAAAAAAAAAAAAAACAUAUAUAUA